CCGAGCUCUUUUGUAAGGUUGAACACGAGGUCGAUAUAUCUCAGUUGCGCAUUUCCAAUAUGUCAACACAGUCCCAACCAGCGAAGCAGGCGCAGCAACUAACGCCUUUUGCAUCUGCGUUGGCUGGUGCCCUUGGAGCUUGCUUUAGAAAGCGCAAGGACGACCUGAGCAUGCUAUCAUUGCUGCUCGAAAUAUUCAAACAAGAGGGAAUUAACGGGUGGUACAGAGGCUUUGCUGCAACGAUGCUCAACACUUUCUCUAUGCAAUAUGCCUACUUCUUCUUCUACUCAUUCAUGCGCUCAUCAUACAUCAAGCGCAUGACUUUGAAUUUGCCUCCUGCCGCAGGCGCGCUAUCCCAGAUUUUCACGAUUCCCGUAUCGGUUAUCGCAACCAGACAACAAGUCGGGCGCUCUGCCCGAGCGUCCUCGCAGUCUUUCAGAGAUGAGGCACCAAUGGACGAGUCUUUAUUAGCUGUCGCUCGUGAGAUUAUUCGCGAGGAUGGCGUCACAGGGCUGUGGCUAGGUAUUAAACCCGGCAUGGUCCUGACUGUGAACCCUGCCAUCACGUACGGUGUUUAUGAACGCCUCAAGAGCUUGAUGUUGCUCGCAAGUUCUGCAAACGGUAAAUUGACACCAGGAACGUCGUUUUUGCUUGGGGCGUUUAGCAAGACGCUCGCCACUAUCGUUAGAAUUCAGGCCCGUUCUACUGAUAAGGAUGCAUCAGAGAGUGAGGGUCUGCCUGGUGGUCAAAUUGGAAAUACGAAACCCAAAGCAAAGCAAGCCGGUGCCGUCAGCCUCCUCCUCAGGGUCCUGAGGAAAGAAGGAUUUGUCGGGUGGUAUCAGGGGAUGUCCGCGCAGAUAAUCAAAGCCGUGAUUUCUCAGGCGUUGUUGUUUGUAUCCAAGGAACAGUUCGAGCAUUGGGCCCUGGCCCUUAUGGUCUUAUUUGCAAAGUUCACCUCGCGGUCAUGACGACGCACGUUUUGUUCCUCAAAGGGAUCAGGAUCAGAACGUUGACGAAUAGACGGAUCAUGUACCCAUCCAGAUGAGGCGUGUCUGGCUGCAGGGCCCCGGCUUAUUUACUUUUUAUGUAGUUGUCAGGUGUUGUGGUAACGAGUCAUGGUGAUGUAUGAUCGAGUCAAAACACACCGGAACGCGAUCGUGGAACGGGAAACACA